AUGCACAGAAAGAAACAAAGAUCUUCUGCUCUCCCGUGCCCCAUUUUGUGUCCUGGCCCAUUCGUCAAAGACGUUUGCUUGCAAGGCCGUCUGCUUCACGUGACACUUCUAACUUUCUCUUCUCCCAUCAUGGCUCUCAGCUUCAUUGGCAAACCCAUUUCCCUCAUUUCCCACUCUGAUGUACGCUAUCGAGGAAUUUUGGCUGGUAUCGACCCAGCCGCGUCCACUAUCCAGCUUUCAAAUGUUUUCUCAAUGGGCACCGAGUCCCGUCGUCCUAUGAAUGAAUAUAUUCCACCAGUCCAGGAACCCUACCAAUACAUCAUUUUUCGCGCGUCUGAAGUGAAAGAUCUUUCUGUCGACGAGCCCCCACCGUCUCACAGAAACAUCACCGACGAUCCCGCCGUCAUUGGGGCCUCCGCGCCAGUGGCCCCUGCUGCAGUACCAGUACCAGUGGCAGCACCAACUUACGCCCAACAAACUGCGCAGCAAAUUCCCGCUCGUCAGCAGCCUCCGGCUCAACAGCAGCAGACACAGCAGCAACAGCCUCGCGCGGCUGCCCCACGUCACCGCGACACACAAAACCAGACCGCCAUCAAUAAUGCUGCGGCAUCACUCGAGACCGUAGAACGUGCUUUGGGGGACCUACGAGUUUCCAACACAAACAACAACAACAACAAUGGUGGUGGCGGCGGUGGUGGUCGGAGGCCCCGUUCUCGUCGCCAGGAUGGCCAAGCUACUGGCGGAGUCUCGGUGCCUGCGGUGGACUUUGAUUUCGCGAGCAUGAAUGCGAAAUUCGACAAAGCAGCGUUGGCUGCCCGCUCUACUCACAACGAUGGUGGAAGCGACCGCACUAAUCCCAGCGACGACGACGACGACUCCAAAAACAAAGGAGCGUAUAAUCCGCAAAAGUCAUUCUUCGACUCUUUGUCUUCGCCGCCACCGAUCCAGCGGGGUGGCCAAGGAGGGCGUGGGCGCGGACGCGGGAGAGGCGCUUUCAAUCGACGGGAAGAAGAGCGGGAACGCAAUGUCGCGACAUUUGGUGAGCCAGGCGGUGUAGGUCUCCUUGGGCCUGGCAGUUAUGUUGGUGGCUGGGGUGGACAUGGUGGAAGACGAGGAAAUGGGAGAAGGAGGGGCCCAGGUCGUGCUUCUCAGCAACAACAGGCGCAGUAG